CUUCAUCCCCAAAUCCCCAAUCUCAAAUCUCCAUUUCCCUCUCACAAACCCUAGAAAUGGCUCGCACCAAGCAGACCGCCCGCAAAUCCACCGGCGGCAAGGCGCCGCGCAAGCAGCUGGCCACCAAGGCCGCCAGGAAAUCCGCCCCGGCCACCGGCGGAGUGAAGAAGCCCCACCGUUUCCGCCCCGGCACCGUCGCUCUCCGUGAGAUCCGCAAGUACCAGAAGUCCACGGAGCUGCUCAUCCGCAAGCUCCCGUUCCAGAGGCUCGUGCGUGAGAUCGCGCAGGAUUUCAAGACGGAUCUGAGGUUCCAGAGCUCCGCCGUCGCGGCGCUGCAGGAGGCGGCCGAGGCGUACCUUGUCGGACUCUUUGAGGAUACCAAUCUGUGCGCUAUUCACGCUAAGAGGGUGACGAUUAUGCCCAAGGAUAUCCAGUUGGCUAGGAGGAUUAGGGGUGAGAGGGCCUAAUCAUUUUAAUCGUGCUGUUGGUGUUAAUCAGGGUUAGGUAGUUUGUUUUGAUGUUAUUGCUGUUGAUUUCAUCUUUGUUCUGCCGUUUGAUCUCGUAUAAAUAUAUCAAUGUUAUUUGAAAUCA